GCCAAGUCCGACUUGGCUUGCUCACAACAGCCUCCUAACCCAGCCUCUGCCAUGGUCUUCGCAAAGAAGAAUCCGAUCUCGUACCUGCGCAAGUACGGUUUUUCCAAGGGCAAGGCUGGCGCUGCCGAACCGAUCGAGGACAAGCUCAAGGCCGCCGAGCCACAGACUGUCAACGACGACGACAUCGUGGAUGCGCCUGCCGUCGGCCUCCCCAUCGCGGCGAACGUUGUCGAGGCUGGCACCGAUGACGCUCAGCCCGAGGCCGUUGACACUCCCGCUGAGGCCUCUGAGGUCGCAGAGGCGGCGAGCGACGCAGCGGCUGCAUCGGAGGUGGUUGACGAGGCUGCCGCCGACGCCGAGGCGGACACCAAGGAGCAGCAGCCCAACCUUCUUGAGGGCAUCGCGGCAGCGGCGAGCUCCAUGACCGACAAGGUGGCGGAAGCGUUCUCCAGCAUCCUGCCCAAGAAGGACGACGCUGAGCCGGCGGCUGAGCCGGCGGCCGACGAGGCAGUUGAGGCGCCGGCGCCGGACGCGCCGGCGCCGGAGGAGGCGAACGCUGAGGACGCAGUCGCGGAGGGCUCGGCCCCCGAGGCGGGCGCGGACGAGGCCCCCGCCACGACGAAGAAGCCGUCCUUCCUCGCAAAGGUCACCACCAUCCUGUCGCCACGCAAGAGCAAGGAGGCGGACGCCGAGGUCGAGGCGGACGCCGAGGUCGAGGCGGAGGCGGAGGUCGAGGCGGAGGCGGCAGAGGAGGAACCCGUCCCGGCGGACGCGCAGCCCUUCAAGCUUGCCACCGCGCCGACGAGCGAGUAGGCGGGGCGGGGGGUAGGGGGGGGGGGGUCGUGUCGUGAACGAGAGCAAAGCAGCAGGGCGGGGGAACGCAUCUAGCGGUGACUCGUCUUUCCUAGAGUGAGUCGCGCUACAGUGUCCAGUCGGAGGGUGUAUAUUGCGUAUGUGAACUACAAACCUUGCGAC